CUGCCUUUACUCAUAACUUAACUUAGGUACCUCUCUUCCGAAUCAGAUCAUUCCUUUCACCUCACCAGUAUAUUAUCUUAUAUUAAUUAAUUAAUUACUCCAUACAUAAGCAACUAUGCGAGUCCUCACAGCUUUACUCGUCGGCCCGGCCGUCACUCUCGCAGCAGCCAUCAUACCGCGCGCAUCCGUCCCAGAGGGUCCCUGGACUGCUGGCGUCUGGAGAAUGCCCACCGACGACAACACCUUUUUCAACGGCAACGACAUCAAUGCCAGCGGCGGAAAGUUCUACGUCAACAAGAACACGUCCGCCUACUGUCCCGGGGAUGUAGAAAACCUCGACUGCUCUCUUUAUCCGGGAUCCAAGACCGUAUUCACAGGCGGCAACAACACCUUAUUCCUAGAUGUUGGAGUUCCAGGCGGACAGCAAGUCUACGUCGCAGGGGACGGCUCGCUGUCAUACACCGUAGCGCAUUCCGGGGCGAUGCCCGAGGGAUCCGUUUCCACCGGCUUCCAGAGACAGCGGAGCGAGGCGUUUGGAGCUCCUGUAGUGUUAAGCAGCAGCGCAAAGUCCUGGUUGAUGUGCCCAGUUAGCGAGGGCGAGCCAAGAGAGAGAACCUAUCAGAUAUACGUCGGCCAGGGAACUGAGGACUGCUUAAAUACUGCCGUCAGGACUUACACAUCCUCUGGGCCGGAUGCUUGGCAAUACGCAUGAUCAACCUACGAUUAGUGAAUGUUCAGACUAUGGAUAGGUGAGGGCGAAAACCUAGGAGAGGCCACUUAGCGAGCCGUUACUAGACCAAAUUAUGUUGUAGAUAGUCAAGAAAACAUGUUCAUCACCUAAUACUAUGCAAUAUU